UAGCCAGUGUGUGCCAACCGUUUCCCCGUGUAUAUGAACCCGUCUACCUGAGCAACACAAGUCAUUCCCGUUUGCAGCGUGAAACCUUCAACAUUACCCUCUCAGCCUUAUCUGGGAAACGUUUUUAUUGCUCUUACGCUUCUAUUGCUAAAGGACAGCUGUGAAAUGUGCGGAAUUUUUGCUUAUCUGAAUUACCUGACUCCCAAGACACGACGCGAAAUCAUCGAGACAUUGAUCAAAGGUUUACAACGGCUCGAAUAUCGCGGAUAUGACUCUGCUGGAAUUGGCGUGGACACCUCCGAUUCGACUGGCAUGAACUUGAUUAAAAAACGCGGCAAAGUCAAGGCCCUAGAAGACGAGAUUGCCUCGAUGGAAUCGAUCCUUGAUUUCGAUAAAGUUCACAACACUCACUGCGGCAUUUCUCACACUCGCUGGGCUACUCACGGAGUUCCUAAUGAGGUCAACUCACAUCCCCAUCGUUCUGACGAGUCCAACGAGUUCAUUGUCGUCCACAAUGGAAUCAUCACCAACUAUAAGGACAUCAAGAAAUUUUUGGAAAACAAAGGAAACAAAUUCGAAUCUGAGACGGACACUGAAAUUAUUGCCAAGCUCAUUAAGCAUAUCUAUUCUCAACAUCCCACUUAUUCCUUCAGAGAAUUGGUGGAACAAGUGAUCCAGCAACUGGAAGGUGCCUUCUCUCUGUGUUUCAAGAGCGUUCAUUUCCCAGGCGAAUGUGUGGCUACCCGACGUGGUAGUCCCUUGUUGGUCGGUAUCAAGUCCAAGUCUCGCCUGGCCACUGAUCAUAUUCCCGUCCUGUACAGCAAAGAAAAACGGAUUGACCUGAAAGUUUUCGCAGAUCACCGCCCUGUUGGAUUUGAAAUGCCUUGCUUGCCACGUGUUGAAUCGACGGCCGAGUUCCACACGAGCAAUGAGAAUGAGGAAGUCGAAUACUUUUUCGCUUCAGAUGCUUCAGCCAUCAUCGAACACACCAACCGCGUCAUUUUCCUCGAGGAUGAUGAUGUAGCAGCAGUUAAGGAUGGCGUCCUCAGUCUGCAUCGCCUUAAGAGGCUCCUAGAGGAUUCUCAUGCCCGCGAGAUCACCACCCUCAAGAUGGAGAUCCAGCAAAUCAUGAAAGGAAACUACAGCUCAUUUAUGCAAAAGGAAAUUUUCGAACAGCCGGAAUCAGUGGUUAACACGAUGCGUGGUCGCGUCAAUUUCGAAAGCGGAACAGUUGUCCUGGGUGGUAUCACGGAUUACAUUCCCGAGAUCCGUCGUUGUCGACGCCUGUUGUUGAUUGGCUGCGGUACGAGCUACCACAGCGCUAUUGCUACUCGCCAAUUGCUCGAGGAGUUGACGGAAUUGCCUGUUAUGGUUGACCUGGCCUCAGACUUCCUGGAUCGUAAUACCCCCAUUUUCCGUGAUGAUGUCUGUUUCUUCAUUUCGCAGUCGGGUGAGACGGCAGACACUUUGCUGGCACUUCGCUAUUGCAAAGCUCGCGGUGCUCUGAUUCUCGGCGUAACUAACACAGUGGGCUCUUCCAUUUGCCGCGAAUCGCAUUGCGGUGUUCACAUUAAUGCCGGUCCUGAGAUCGGUGUGGCUUCCACUAAAGCUUACACGUCCCAGUUUAUUUCGUUGGUCAUGUUUGCAUUGAUGAUGUGUGAGGACCGCAUUUCCGUUCAGCCCCGACGUGCUGAGAUUAUUCAAGGUUUGAAGCAUUUGGCGGACCAAAUUAAGGAAGUUCUAGCCAAUGACGACAAGGUGCUCGAAUUGGCUAAAGCCAUCUACCAAAACAAGUCCAUGUUGGUCAUGGGUCGAGGCUGGAACUAUGCAACCUGUUUGGAAGGAGCUUUGAAAAUCAAAGAAUUGACGUACAUGCACAGCGAAGGUCUUCUAGCAGGUGAAUUGAAACAUGGACCGUUAGCUCUCGUCGAUAAGACCAUGCCUUUGAUCAUGAUUGCCACUCGUGAUCCCGUCUACGUCAAAUGCAUCAACGCCCUGCAGCAAGUAACUGCCCGCGAGGGUCGUCCAAUUAUCGUCUGCGAAAAAGGCGAUUUGGAGACACAAAAAUACGCCUCCCAAUUUGUCGAAGUACCACACACAGUCGAUUGCCUCCAAGGCAUCCUGACGGUCAUUCCAAUGCAAUUGCUGUCUUACCACAUCGCUGUGCUGCGAGGAUGCAACGUCGACUGUCCCCGUAAUCUGGCCAAGUCAGUGACGGUCGAAUAAAGGUGAGGGAGUUUGACUCGUCGGUUGUCACUGCACAAAUCAUAUUUUCUUUGACUUCCUUUUUCUUGCUCAGACGCACCAAACCUCUCUCUCACGACAGCUUUGUCCACUUUGGAUAUUUUACAAUUUGCAUUUUUUUUUUUACCAUUAGCUUUAAAAAUAUCCUUCCACUCCUUGCAUUUCGUAUUUUUCUACCAAAACAUUUUUAGGUUCAAAAUCGUAACAGCUCUUUUAGCUAGAGAAAAACGAAAAGCUAUAUAUAUCCUGCGUAUGUUCUUCCAAAAACAAAACGUUUGAGCAUUUAUCUUCUGUAAAUAGUUGACAUUUUCUUUAUUUUUAUGACGGAUCGAGUGUUUAAAAAAAACGUGAAACAGAAAAUAUGUUCUGUUCCUAUGGAACAUGUUUUCCACUUGGAUUUCUAUUGAUCGAUUUUAUAAAAAUAGAUUAUUUUCAUUUGUAUUUUCUUUCUCUAAGAAAAGAAUGCAUUGAAUUGUCAAUGUCAUCAUGACGUUGUGUCUCCCCAUUUGACAUUCUCAUCUUAAAGAAGUUAUUUUUUUAACACUCGGUCUUGUGCUACAAUUUGGUCUCUUCUUUCUUGAAUAUCGUGCUCUUGCAUUCCUUACUCCUUCGAUUUUUUACAUAAUAGUUUGUUGUUUUUUUUUCUAAUUUUGACGGUGGAUUGUUUUCGUAAUACAACGGUUUUAUGGUCAA